GUCGCCUCCAUCUUUCGGCACAAAGGAGCGGCGGCAGCGCCGGGCCGGGGCCGGGCAGGGGCGGAGAGCGCGCGGUCUGCGUUGGCCCUGCUGCGCUCCCACUGCGCUCCCGGCCGGGCUGUGCGGAGCUGAGGCAAAGCUGUCUGGCAUGGAUCAGGCUUAGAAUUGUUCUCCCUGCUUUUAAAAACAUUCAGCUAAUGGGACUCCUCAGUGCAGUUCCUAGGAGUGAAAGCAGAGUCAGUCAUGACUCAGUGCCCACCAUAAAGGCUUACAGAGCACUGCCUUUUCCAGAGAGACUUUGUGCCCUGAAGGAGAACAACUCACUUCUGCCACAGCACUUUGAGCUCCCCAGCCAUUCCUGAACCAAGCAAACUUACAGACCUCCUUCUGGAUGACCAAUGUGUGUUUUAAGUGAUUCUGUCAGCAGCUAAGUCUCCAACUUCCCACUCAUUCCAGCUGGUAGCAGCGUUUAAGAUGCAAAAAGAUCGCAAUCCGGGAUCGCACAAACAUUUCUCUUAAAACUUCCUAGAUGAUUGUAGUUGCUUGGGUUGUGUUCUAUGCUAGCAGAAGCCUUUUCCAAGCUCUGCUGUUGACUCUAGAGCACCACCUUCCCCAUUUCCUGGGAGCCUUGGGGGCUGGCAGCAUGGGAAACUCGUGCGUUUGCCGCGACGACAGCGGGGCCGAGGACAACGGGAGCUCUCAGGGCCGACAGACAGAGCACAGCAGGACACACAUCCCUGAGGCCAGGAGCCACCCAAGGGACCCUGUCCGUCCACCCAGGAGGGGUCGAGGGCCUCAUGAGCCAAGGAGGAAAAAACAGAAUGUGGAUGGGCUGGUGCUUGACACACUGGCUGUAAUUCGGACGUUGGUAGAUAAUGACCAGGAGCCUCCUUAUUCAAUGAUCACGUUGCAUGAAAUGGCAGAAACAGAUGAAGGCUGGUUGGAAGUUGUUCAAUCUUUAAUUAGAGUUAUUCCAUUAGAAGAUCCCCUGGGACCAGCUGUUAUAACGCUACUACUUGAUGAAUGUCCUCUGCCAACAAAAGAUGCAUUACAGAAGUUAACAGAAAUACUAAACUUGAGUGGAGCUGCUGCUUGCCAGGACUCUUGUCACCCUGCCAAGCACCGGAACACGACCGCGGUGCUCGGCUGCUUGGCAGAGAAAUUAGCAGGUCCUGCAAGCAUAGGCUUGCUCAGCCCAGGCAUAUUGGAAUAUUUACUUCACAGCUUGAACUUCCAGUCCCACCCAACAGUGAUGCUUUUUGCACUAAUAGCACUGGAGAAGUUUGCACAAACAAGUGAAAAUAAAAUGACAGUUUCUGAGUCGUGCAUUAGUGACCAACUGAUGCUGCUGGAGAAAUGGACAGAUAACCCCGACUACUUAAAACGCCAGGUUGGAUUCUGUGCCCAGUGGAGUUUAGACAAUCUGUUUCUAAAAGAAGGCAGGCAGUUUACAUAUGAGAAGGUUGACUUGACCAACAUUAGGGCCAUGCUGAACAGCAAUGAUGUCAGUGAAUACCUGAAGAUCUCACCACAUGGAUUAGAGGCACGGUGUGACGCCUCGUCCUUCGAAAGCGUGAGGUGCACGUUCUGUGUCGACUCUGGGGUCUGGUACUAUGAAGUCACUGUCAUUACUUCAGGAGUGAUGCAGAUAGGAUGGGCAACCAAAGACAGCAAAUUUCUCAACCAUGAAGGUUACGGCAUCGGGGACGAUGAAUACUCCUGCGCGUACGAUGGCUGCCGGCAGCUGAUCUGGUACAACGCCAGAAGUAAACCACACUCCCAUCCCUGCUGGAAAGAAGGAGACACAAUAGGAUUUCUACUAGACUUGCAAGAAAAGCAAAUGAUCUUCUAUUUAAAUGGAAACCAGCUUCCUGCUGAGAAGCAAGUAUUUUCAUCUGCUGUAUCAGGAUUUUUUGCUGCAGCAAGUUUCAUGUCCUAUCAACAAUGUGAGUUCAACUUUGGGGCAAAACCCUUCAAGUACCCACCACCAAUGAAAUUUAGUACCUUCAAUGAUCAUGCCUUUCUCACAGCAGAAGAGAAAAUAAUUUUACCCAGACACAGGCGCCUGGCUUUGCUGAAGCAAGUGAGUAUCAGAGAGAACUGCUGCACACUUUGCUGUGAUGAGAUAGCAGACACAGAACUCAGGCCGUGUGGACACAGUGACCUGUGCAUGGAGUGUGCCUUGCAAUUGGAGACCUGCCCUUUGUGUCGACAGGAAAUACAAACCCGAGUCAGACAGAUCUCUCACAUUUCAUGACACACGUGGAGAAACACCACAGACUUGUUUUUAAAGAACUCCAACCAAUACUGAAAGGGGAAAGCAUCUCUAACCAAUCCUUAUGCACAUAGAACCAUAGCCACGGCCAGAUUUCAUGCUAACUUGUAAUCUGUUUAUGUUAAAACUGAAAUCUUUCAUAAGCUCUUCCCAGCUGCCAGCACUGGGAGCUGGAUUCAGCAGUCAGGAGCUCUGGCUAUUGGUUCCUCUGAGCAAGAGCAGAGGGAGUUGUCUCUUCUUCCCCUUUUCCUUCUCGCCUGUCGCAAGUGCUGAAAAAAUUUGCACUGGAAGUACACAUACAAUGCAUUUUAGAAAAGAAGAGAAAAUAAGUAUUUCCUAAAACAGGGCCGUGCUGUCUUGUGCUCGAAAGUCUCUAUUUUUGGCAGAAGUCAGUGCUAAAAAGAGAAUGCCAAUGUUUUCCUGUUUAAUGUAGCCUCCUGCUGGUCAGAGACUCUGUAUUUUCAGAUAUUAAACUGCUCAAAGACUGAAUCUGUACACAGACUGAUUGAAAAGACAGUGUGGAGACUGUAGAGAAACUCACAGGUUUUAAUAACUUGGUGAUUCCAAAGAAUGUUCUGAUUUGUUUUUAAAUGUUAAAAGAUCAGUGGUAUUUUCAAGUACAUAAUGUUUCUGAUACUUUUAACUUCGGUACCCACAUUUUUUUGUGAGGUUAUAAUUUUCAGGAGGUAUUCUUAACUAAUUAUAAUGCUGGACUGG